AUGUCAUCUCCUCUCAGCAAGGAUUUGAGAAAGGAACACACCGCCCGAUCAAUCCCUAUCCGAAAGGACGACGAGGUUUUAAUUGUUCGAGGUAAAUACAAGGGACGAGAGGGAAAAGUCACCCAAGUCUACAGAAAGAAAUGGGUUAUCCACGUUGACAGAGUACACAUUGAAAAAUCAAACGCUGCAACUGUACCCGUUGGAAUUCACCCUUCAAACGUAGUCAUCACUUCCCUCAAACUUGAUUCCGACAGAAAAGCCAUUCUCGGUAGAAAAGGUUCUAAAUCUACCCAACAAGAAGGUGGUGACGUUGAGAUGAAAGAGUAA